GUCACGCAAAUCACAGCCUUGUGGAGACAGCAAUGGGGGACGUGGAUGGCGUCGAGGCCUAUUUGGAGGCGCAGGUCGAUGAGAAGGUGGCCUCCAAAUCCUCCAAAGUACGCACCGAAGAGGCUAGGGACCGCGACUCCCGGCACAGGGACGAAGACAGGGGCGGGGGUCGAAGCAGGCGUUCCAGGUGUGUAAUUAGUGCGUGAAAAGGGAAUAGGUGUGGGAGGA